AUAAUGAAUGGGACAGAGGCUUUUCCUGCCCCAUGAGCAUGGAUUUAGGCUCUAAUUUAAUUAACUCUUUGAUUAAUUAGACUAUUAAGCCACUGGACAGCAAGGUUUACCCUGGGCAUAACAGAUUUUUUUAAAGUCAAAGACAAUACCAGUUGAAAUACUGUACAUGGAAACACUUUGGGUAUAAAAAUCCAAAGCAAAAGCAGCCAUAAAGCCAAAGAGCAAUAAAAGUAGUAACAAGUAUUGGGGAUUAAAAAAAGAUGAAGAGGAAUUUCGCAGACAGCUCCGCUCGUAGUACUGCAGGCUGUCUACCUGUCCCGCUGUUCAAUCAGAAAAAAAGGAACCGGCAGCCCCUCACUUCAAACCCCCCUCAAAAUGAACCAGGUAUUGGCCACCCAGCAGAUAAUUCUGAUUUUUCUGCCAUGCUGGCAGAUUUUGGAUGGGAAACAGCAAAUCCAGAACCAGACCAGUUACAGAGAACAAAAAGCACUGACCCAGCAGAUCAUCCUAUUCCACCUUCUCUCUUAAGACACCAGAACACGCCAGACUCUGCUAAUAUAUCACAUGGAGGAAGCUUAAAUAAUUGGAGACAAGAGGAGAAAAGUGCUGCUGGUCGUAACAUUUGGAAAAAACAAGACUUCCCAGCUUUCGGGCAGGGAAAAGAAAACAGAAAGCUUUCACAGUUUGAGAACCACUUGGGUGGCUUUGAGGGAGCAAUGCCACAGAAACUAGCUGGUCACCCAAGGACCUCCCCCAGCAGCAAGACAGGAGCGGCAGAACAAAGCUAUGCAACAGCAGUCCAACAGCCAACGGCAUCGAACAACAUGCCGAGAAGAGGCCCACCGCGCCAAAGUGCAACAUAUACGUUCAAACAGAAUCAGUGCCAACCAAAAGUUCAUACAGCCACUCGCCCAGAGGGCAAAAUGAUCCAGCAAAGCCUGGCAAAUCAAGCCAAACUGAAAGAAAAAGACAGUUCUCUCAGAAUCAUCUCUGUCGUCAUCGAAAGCAUGAAACACUGGAGUCAGUACGCUGACAAAACCCCACUGUUGUAUGAGGUUUUGGGUGUUCUGGAUUCUGCAGUCACUCCAGGAUCGUACGGUGCAAAGACUUUCCUUCUGAGAGACGGAAAGGAGAGCGUGUCAUGCGUAUUCUAUGAGAUCGAUCGAGAGCUACCACGACUCAUCAGAGGCCGAGUCCAUCGGUGCGUGGGAAACUACGACCCGCAACGGAAAGUCUUCAAGUGCGUCUCGGUCCGUCCUGCAACGGUUCCUGAACAACAAACCUUCCGGGACUUUGUCCAAGUCGCUGACAGGGAGAUGGGCAAAUAUGUGAAAGUCAGCAAUGAAGUUUAAGCAUCCGGGUUCCGCCCUGUCAAGGAGACCCCAUCGGAAGCCUUAACUUGAGUGCAAGGUAUUUCCUCCUGUCCCUUUUUGUGUUUGAGAUCUCCGCCAUCAUCCUCAUUACACGUUGCUUAAAAAUAAAGUAGUUCUAGU